AUGCAGCGCACGUGUAGUAGGUGUUCCAAAACUAUUGCCGGUUUGGCAAAAUCGUACGUUGAGUGCGGGCGAUUGUUUCACCCAGGCUGCGUCAAGGCGUAUCUUGGUACUAAAUCAGCCGGUGGGUGCUGCAGAGUGCAAUUGUCAGCAAUGCCUCUCACACCGAGGGAGGCACAUGGUUCUCAACCUGUGGAUCAUAGGAGCCCUGCUAUGCAGAGUGCGGUGGAUGGUGUGCCUCGUGGUCCAUUACAGUCUACUGAGGCGCUGUUGCAGUCAAUUCUGACGAGAAUUGAGGAAGCUGACACGAAGUCUGCUGCCAGGCUGAAUGAUUUGGACAAAAAGUUUACGGCUGUGUUCGAGAGAUCGGACAAGAAAAUCUCGGCUUUCAUUGAUCGGCAGCAAGCUGUAAACGUGGACUUUGCGCAAAAACUCGAUCAAAUACCGAACAUUUUAAAGAUCGUUGAGGGCCAUGGUGAGAGAAUUGCGGUGCUGGAGGCUCAGAGCGCGCGGCUGCUGAGCUCUCAGCAUGAUGAUCGGGGGCUGUCUGCUGCAUCGCGAGUGUCUGGAGCGUCUGAAAUUAUUAUCUCGGGAAUUCCAAGCUCUAUUACCGAUGCUUCAGGGGUGCUCGUCGAAAGUGUAUUUUGUGCACUCGGGGUAUCUCAUCUGGUUUCUGACGUUCUCGAGACCCGUGAUGUGGUCGGACGGGAUACGUCCGUCGUGAGUGCUGUGGCGUCUGGUUCCGUAUCGGCCGGUAAUAUUCCGAGUGGCACUUCUGGACGUAAAAGAUCGGUCAUCGUGGCGUUUAAGUCACGUGAAAUUCGCGACCACAUUUUAAAGAUUAUGCGGAGCAGACGUAGACUUCUGGUUAGUGAUGUUUUUUCGGUUAAUGUCCCUGGUAAUGUUUACGUAAAUGAAUUACUUCCGACGCAUGCCUACAAUUUGUUGCGACAGACGAGGAUUAAGGCAAGACAGACCUCUUUCAAGCAUGUGUGGAGCAGGGAUGGUCGUAUUUUUGUUCGCAAGGAUCAUGGUCAGCCUCCAAUUUCGAUAGCCUCGGAGGCUGAUCUUGAGCAGCUUCACUGA